UUCGAAUCAGUUAUCAGUUAUCAUCAGUUCUCUAGUGGCCGGUUUAAGAAGGACUGCCACAAAAGAGAUUUAUAAAGUUGUUUUUUUUCAACUAUUUUAUAAACAAAUUACGACAUUAAGGAAAACCUCUAAAGCGACAAUGUCGUACUGCACUCGAAUUUUACAUGUGCAGAAAUUAGGUGGAUUCGCUGGUGAAAUUCAGCAAAGAUGUUUCCACGCGAGUCCUCUUUCCUUUGCUGCUGCAAAGGUGGCAAUGAGCAAAUUCGACAGUUCCAACUACCUUCCAUACGAAAAGUUGGAUUCAAAUUUACAAGUAGUGAAAAAACGACUCAACCGGCCAUUAACACUAUCAGAGAAAGUUCUCUAUUCUCAUAUCGAUGAACCCAGUAAACAAGACAUCCAACGAGGAACAAGUUAUCUAAGAUUGCGACCUGAUCGUGUAGCUAUGCAAGAUGCCACAGCGCAAAUGGCCAUGCUCCAAUUUAUUAGUUCAGGAUUACCAAAAGUCGCCGUUCCAUCGACAAUUCACUGCGAUCACUUGAUCGAAGCGCAAAUUGGUGGCGACAAGGAUUUGGCUCGUGCAAAGGAAGUGAACAAAGAAGUCUACAAUUUCCUAAAGACCGCAGGUGCUAAAUAUGGUGUUGGAUUCUGGAAUCCCGGCUCGGGAAUUAUUCAUCAGAUUAUUUUGGAAAACUACGCAUUCCCAGGAUUGCUGAUGAUUGGUACGGAUUCGCAUACACCGAACGGAGGCGGUUUAGGUGGAUUGUGCAUUGGUGUUGGUGGUGCUGACGCUGUUGAUGUAAUGGCGAACAUCCCCUGGGAAUUGAAAUGUCCAAAUGUUAUUGGCGUGAAAUUAACUGGUGAACUUAAAGGUUGGACCAGUCCGAAGGAUAUAAUUCUCAAGGUCGCGGGAAUUCUCACUGUCAAGGGCGGCACUGGCGCUAUUGUCGAGUACUUUGGUCCCGGUGUUGACAGUAUUAGUUGCACUGGCAUGGCUACUAUUUGCAACAUGGGCGCUGAAAUUGGUGCCACUACCUCUGUAUUCCCCUAUAAUGAUCGCAUGAAAACUUAUUUGAAAUCAACUGGAAGAAGUGACAUUGCAUCUGCUGCUGAUAGUUUUAGAUCGUCAUUGUUGACAGCCGAUCCAAAUGCGAAAUACGAUCAGGUUAUUGAACUCGAUCUCUCGACACUUGAGCCGCAUGUUAAUGGACCUUUCACGCCUGAUCUCGCUCAUCCCAUUUCUAAACUCGGCGCAACUGCCAAGAAAGAAGGAUGGCCCAAUGAAAUCAAAGUAGGUCUGAUCGGUUCGUGCACCAAUAGUUCUUACGAAGACAUGGGUCGCUGUGCCAACAUAGCGAAACAGGCGUUGAAACAUGGAUUAACGGCCAAAGCCGCUUUCAAUGUGACACCUGGAUCGGAGCAAAUUCGCGCCACAAUCGAACGCGAUGGAAUUGCGGAAACACUUCGGCAAUUUGGCGGCACUGUUCUUGCCAAUGCUUGUGGUCCAUGCAUUGGUCAAUGGGAUCGACAAGAUGUUAAGAAAGGUGACAAGAACACAAUUGUCACUUCGUACAAUCGUAAUUUCACUGGUAGAAAUGACGCGAAUCCUGCUACUCACGCUUUCGUCACCAGUCCUGAAUUGGUCACGGCUAUGUCAAUUGCCGGACGAUUGGACUUUAAUCCAACAAAGGAUCGAUUGAAGGGCAAGGACGGCAAGGAAUUUUUGCUCGACAGUCCCUACGGUGAUGAAUUACCGAGUCGUGGUUUCGACCCUGGAAUGGAUACAUACGAUUCACCACCUGCUGACGGCACGAAAGUAAGGGUUGAUGUGGAUCCCGGUUCCCAACGCUUGCAACUUCUCGCUCCCUUCGAGAAAUGGGAUGGCAAAGAUCUCACAGAUUUGACAGUUCUCAUCAAGGUUAAAGGAAAGUGCACCACUGAUCAUAUUUCCGCAGCUGGUCCAUGGCUCAAAUAUCGUGGUCACUUGGACAAUAUUUCCAACAAUAUGUUCAUUGGAGCUGUUAAUUCAGAAAAUGGAGAAAUGAACAAAAUUAAAAAUCAAUUGACCGGAGAUUGGGGCGCAGUACCUGAUGUAGCUCGAUAUUAUAAGAAAAAUGGAGUAAGGUGGGUGGCGGUUGGUGAUGAAAAUUACGGCGAAGGUUCAUCCCGGGAGCACGCUGCAUUGGAACCUCGUCAUCUUGGCGGCCGAGCAAUCAUUGUCAAGAGCUUUGCCCGAAUUCACGAAACAAAUCUCAAGAAACAGGGUGUCUUGCCUUUAACCUUCGCUAAUGCGAGUGAUUACGACAAAAUUCAACCCACUGAUAAAAUCAGUUUACUGGGUCUCAGUUCCAUCGCUCCUGGAAAGUCCGUUCAGGCGGAAAUCAAACACAAGGAUGGCAAAGUUGACAAGAUCACACUCAAUCACACAUUGAAUGAACAGCAAAUCACGUGGUUCAAAGCUGGAUCGGCAUUGAAUCGUAUGAAGGAGAUCGCAGGAGGAAAGUAAAAGUAAGAAACAUUUUUAAAACGAAGACAAAGUUUCGAAAAUCAUUGCAGUGCAAAUAUAGUAAAUUAAAUGAAUUAGAGUAAAGCGGCACAACUAAUUCGAUGUUCUCUGAUAGAUUGAAUUUCGACGAAAAAAAACGUGAAAUAUUCUUAGAAUAUCACUGAAAGUAAUUAAAAAUUGUAAUUUUUGAAUUAGAAUAUUUCAGUCCAUGUCGAUUGAAAUAAUUGAUCACAAUUUAAGAAAAAAUUAUUCGAAUUUAUUUGAAAGAUUUUGAUACAUUUUUCCGAAUUUUUCAAUAAUUGGAAAAUUUUUUCUUUCUAAAUUCUUUAAUAUAUAAGAAUGAUUGUCGAAUGAUGAAUUGCCUCGAGUCAAAUAAUUUUAUAAGUGAAUCUAAAUAGUAUUGCUUAUUGUAUAGACAAUAAUAUUGUCUCCUAUUGACAAUAGUGAUUAAUCCAUCAUUCUUUGCAAGUGAAUGCAGCGGAGAAUCUCGCAAAUUUUUUAAAUCAGCGAUUUCUUUUUUAUUAAAAUCGUGUACGCCCCGAUCGCUGAUAUUUGAAAAAAAGGAGUGUAUUCUUCGCUGAAUAUCUGUCAAGUUAUUAUUAUUUUCUUUCUAUUUUGAAAAUCAUGUACAUAUUGUUCACAAUGAAUUAUAUAUGACGAAUAUUUAUAAAAUCUCUGAUAAAAAAAAUCAGAGUAUAAUAAUAACAACGCUUUGGAGUGACGAUUAAUUUCUAUCAAGUUGAUUAAUUUACUUCCAUCAAUUCAACUGGAGUAUUUACACGAAUAAAGAAAGUGUAAAAAGUU